AGAAUCUAAAGACAAAAUUAUCUCAACUUGUUUGGUGGUCAAAUUGCGAAACCAUUGUUUCUUACCUUGAACAUUUUGGAUCUCCUGUAAGCUGUGGUUGACACUUGAAAUGCUGUUUGUAAAAAUACGAUUUGUGAACUGAUGUCGGAUCCAAUAUGGUAAAGAACUUUUAUACGGUUUGUUGGUUCCGAUCAAUUAUCAUUUCCAUCUUUCUACCUUUAGUUCGGUUCCACACACCCUUCUGGUGUUACCGUAGGUCAGUCUUUUCGUUUGCAGUGCUGUGUUUGAGCCUGUGGAACUGGCCUGGCGUUCACAGCGUUGAGCAGUCCAUGUUGGCUUGUUAUGUACUGUGCCAAAAAUAUAAAUCGCAAGUGUGGAAGGUUGUUUGAUUGACUUUCACUGAUCAAUUAAAAAAUGAAUUGGACAGGUUAAUAAGGGUGCAGAUGCCCAACAAUUAUAUAGUGAAGAAUACUUUAAUUGUGGUAAAAAACAAUAAUUGAAACAAUCAAACCAAUUAUAACACAUCACUUGUUUAUUCUACAUCGAAUAAUAUAACUGGUGACAAAUAAUAAAAUGAAUAAAUGCAAAAUAAUUUGUAGCAUCCCAAACAAUAUAAAAGUCCAUUGUUGGGUAGGAUUCGACAUCAGUUCACAACUUGCAAUCUGUCAACAAGCAUUCUCAUUACAGAAGAACUAAUAUGUUCAAGGUCAUCGUUCUAGCUGCUUGUUUGGCCGUUGUUGCCGCCGCACCCUAUUACGGAGGGCAUUACGAUCAUCAUGAUGGGGAUUACCAUAAUUCACACCCAAAGUACAAAUUCCGAUAUGGUGUGAAGGAUGGGUACACCCACGAUCACAAGAGUGCCUGGGAACACCGUGAUGGAGACGUCGUGAAGGGGCAGUAUACUCUGGAUGAAGCUGAUGGAACGCAUCGUGUGGUAGAUUACAGCUCGGAUCACAAAUCGGGAUUCCAGGUUCAUGUUCAGCGCAACGGCAAGGCUCGCCACCCACACGGCGAAAGUUACGUCAAAAUCGAUCAGCACUAUUGAUUUUCCAAUAAGGUGUUAUUGUGAGUUUGUUCGGCUUGUUUAUGUUGAAACCGAUCAUUUAUUGUAAUUUUUGGAAAAGACUGAUAUGAAUCAAACCCAACAGUGUGGUUUGAUCUAUGUAAAUAAAUAAUUAGGUAUAUA